AUGUCUGACGGAAUAUUAAUAAAAAGGUCUGAUAUUGAAAUACUUGAAAAGAUCGGAACAGGUGCUAUGGGAGAGAUACAUAGGGCUAAAUUUCGGGAUGGAGAAGCAGCAGUAAAACAAAGCAAGUAUCAAAAUAAUAAACAACAAUUAAGAACAGAAUUUGAAAUUUAUUUCAGCUUACAAAAUCACGACAAUAUUCUUAAAUUGUUUGGAGUUAUAGAUGAAAAUUAUCAACUUGUUCUUGAAUAUGCACCAAAUGGUGAUCUGUCUCAAUAUCUUAAAGUAAAUAAAGUCGAUUGGGUAUCCAAAGCUAAAAUCUGUCACGGGAUAGCUCGUGGUGUGAUGCAUUGCCAUAAAAAUGAUGUAUAUCAUUUCGAUCUUAAACCCGAAAAUAUUCUUUUAGAUAAAGAUUUUAUACCAAAAUUGGCUGACUUUGGACUUUCAAAUUCUAAGAGUCGUUUUGAACUGAGUGGUGGAAAAGCUGGUGGAACUUUAAAUUGGAUAGCUCCUGAACGUAUUAGUUCUGAUGCUAAAAUGUUCGCUAUGGAUGGCGAGAUGCCUUAUAAAGAAUUAAAUGAUGAUAAAAUAAAAAAACAAAAGUGUGACAAAAAAACAAUGAAUCGUCUGUUGAAACGUUUGCCAAAAGGAAUUCCAAAUCGCUAUACACAACUAAUUUCCGAUUUAACAAAGUACGACCCUGAAGAAC